AUGGAACAAAGGGAAGGUGAUCUCCUGAGCGGCAGCGUCGAAAGCAUUGUGCCUCCGAGAUUGCGUGAUGUCGAGACGAAAUUCCGGAUUCCUGUGGGUCAAAAACAAUUCAAACUCGUGUGCCCAAUCAUCGCUAACGCCAAGGACAGCGUGAUGGUCCAAUGGUCAAAAAAUGGCGAGCAACUUGAUUGGGACAAUCGCUAUAAGAUUUCCAAAGACGGGAAGGAAUUGAGAAUGAAGAAUUUGAGAUUAGAAGAUAGCGGACAGUACCAAUGUCAGGCUACCAACGGAUUUGGACACAUGACUCUAGACUUCCACGUUCAUGUUUUUGAUGAAAACGAUAGAUCAAACUCCGUAAAUCACAAUUUGAUUCUGGCCAAUAGAACUUCAAGUCCAAGUUGGUUGGUUGAUAUGAGUUCCGAAUGGCCUUCAACUUUGAAAAUAAACGUUGGUGGAAAACUUGAAUUGCGUUGCCCAGCUCAAGGAAAUCCGCUUCCGCAUAUCAAAUGGUAUCGCAAUGAAUAUUUGCUGAAUGGAAAUGUCGAUAAUCGCAUUUCGUCAAUGGUAAUUGACCCAGUUGACAAGUCCCAUACUGGAUCUUACCGAUGUGUCGUUGAAAAUCCUUUGGGAUCGUUGAGCUUCACAUUUGAUGUUUCUGUUGCCGACUACUUCGAUUCGACAACAACCGAAAGUAUCGUAGUCUUGGAAUCAAAUAACGUGCCCGUGAUUGAUCAACCUUACAAUAUUACCGUUUAUGCUGGGCACACAGCGCAAUUCCAAUGCAAAGUGAAAACUCACGAGAACACAUUGAUCAAAUGGUUGAAAGAAGUUUCGAAUCCAGAAGAAAUCAAAAGAAAUGACCCAAGCACCACAAUUAUUAACGCUAAUGGAAUGAAUCUGUUGGUUUUGGAUCAUAUUCAGACCGAUAGUAUCGUUCCAACUGACGGCCAGAAAAUGUAUACCAACCGAUUGACAAUUAACAAAGUUUCUCGUGAACACGCUGGUCGUUAUAUUUGCGUUGUCACCAGCGCUGAAGGCAACAUUGUCUACAAAGCUGCUCAGUUAAACGUCCUGUCAAACUACGACUUCUCGUUCCGUAUUUCUACUGAUACUGUUCUUUUGGUCAUCUUUCCCCUUGUUUCAAUCUUUGUAAUUAUGGUGAUUCUUGGUAUAAUAUGGUUAAAGAAAAACCAAGAGCCAUCCGGAAAAGCUUCCACGAAACCGCCACCACCACCUCGCAUGCCUCCUCCAGCCGCACCCCAAGAAAGUGAUUGGGCCAGUGAUCGAACCCUUCACUCGUCAAAACCCCUUCUUCUUAACAACUCGAUGUUUCAACAAAACAAUUCAUUAAAAUAUCAUGCGGCAACUUUAGAUAGAAGCAUCCCUCAAAGAAAUGAAAGAAGAUUCGAUGAGAUGUCUAAUGUUUACGACAGUGGAUCUGUGCUACCAUACUGGACUCAACAAAGAAACAAUAACUCCAUCUACAAUGGAGGUUAUCGGACCUUAGAAGUGUUCAAAAACCGUAAUUACCCAACUUCUGAAGAAUAUUUUGAUCAAGAUAACUAUUUUCAUAACCAGCGUCGUUAA